GGAGGAGCAGCUGGUCUCGGUUCAGUCUGUCGCAACGUUUUCUUUUCUUUGUUUCCCACGAAAAGUUCUGAUGGACCAACCGGGACCGGGUCCGAGCGGAUUCACGGGACCGGAGUAGAAACGAGUUAAAAGCGGAGGAGCAGCGGGUCGAGCAGGGAGGAGAGUGGAUUCUGUUUCGGGUCCGGGUUCUGGGAGUCCGGGUCAGAAUCGGACCAUGGAUCGGUAACCCACGGACUCUGGGAACUUUCCUGUUGUCUCUAUGGAGACCAACUAAGAUCUGAUUGUUCCCUCGGGAUAAAUAAAUCUAAUUAUUUUUCUAUUAAUUAAUUUUAUUGAUCGGAGCGAUGGGCGCGCUCCCGCCGCUGCUGCUGCUCGUACUUUUGACCUGCGGACACGCGAAGAGCUCGUUCCCGUUGCGAUCGUCUUAUAGCCUGUAUACCGGCGGGCACGCGCACGGUGGCCGCGCUACUAGCCGACACAGGAACUGGUGUGCGUUUGUGGUGACAAAGACAGUGAGUUGUGUUGUUGAGGACGGUGUUGAAACCUACGUGAAGCCUGAUUAUCAUCCCUGCAGCUGGGGCAGUGGACAGUGCAGCCGAGUGGUGGUCUAUCGGACCUACAUGAGGCCACGCUACAAAGUGGCCUACAAAAUGGUGACGGAGAUGGAGUGGAAGUGUUGCCAUGGUUACAGUGGAGAGGACUGUAACAAUGGUCCGGUGGGCGGAGCAGGAACACAGGUGUCCACCACCAGACCUCAGCCUGGACAAGGAGCAGGAGACAGUGCUGGAUCUUCUUCUGGAUCAAGACCAUCUGGGAGACACAGUGGAGCAGAGAAUGAGAAGAUGAGGCAGCUAGAGGAGAAGGUCCAGACUCUGACUAAAAACCUGCAGGACCUUCAGUCCACCCUGAACACCAUGAAUGAACGUUUCCAGCUGGAGUCCAACAAACCGGGCUCCAGUGGAGGAGGAACCACUUCAGGGAGCAGAAACCCGGCUGACGCUGCUCAGCCAGAGAUCAAAGAGACGAUUCAUAGUAUUCAGACUAAACUGGAUCAACUAGACAACCGCACACAGGCUCAUGAUAAAACCCUUGUCAGCAUCAACAACCACCUGGUGAAUGGGAAAGGUAAUGAUCUGGAUGGAGGAGCGUCUGGUGGAGGACUGAGUGGAGCAAGACUGAACUCCCUGAAGGAGGAGAUCCUGAGGGAGUUGGAGAGAAGAGUGUCUUUGUCCUGCUCCUCAUGUCAGGCUGGUGUGGAGGAUCUACGCAGACAGCAGCAGGAAGACCAGGAGAAAAUCCGAGCUUUGGAAAAGCAGGUGAAUGCUGUGGACGUCCGUUAUCGGCAGGACCUGGACGGGCUGCAGCGGGAGGUGGUGAGUCUGCAAGGAUGCUGUGGUACUGUCAAAGAUCUCCAAACACGAAUCACUGACACUGAAGGCAAGAUCAGUUCUGCCUCAGAAAACUUUGAUGAUCUGUUGAGUCGCCUGAACAAGGAACUCGGCAGAACUGGUAGUAGUGAUACUCAUGGGUCCAGAGGAGGAGUUUCAGACGGUGGUGGUGGAAAAAGAGGACAAGGGAGGGAGGAUAUAAUGAUGGACAGUCUGGACAGUCGUCUGAAGGACCUGGAGCGGCUGGUCAACAAUACUAUGCAGCAAACUGAACAGAGCUGUUCACACCUGGAGAAUGACCUGAAAGACUAUUUCCACAGAGAACUGGGAGACGUGAGGAGUGUGUUUCUGGACCGGUUUGACGACCAGGCCGACAGGAUCACUGACGUGGAGAUAGAAGUGGAGCAGGUGAAAGAGAGGGUGAAGAGCCACGACGAAAGGAUGUCGAAGGUGGAAAACAACACCUCCCUGAUGAAGUGGAGGCUAGAGGAGUGUGGAUGUGGAAGGUUUGAAGGAGAAGGAAGACAAAGAGGUGACGGAGGAGAUGAAGGGGGAGGCUGGGGAGAAGGAGGAACUAAAGGGGGAGAAAGCAUGGGAGGUACAGGUGGACGACUCCCUGGGACAACAGGACAAAGAGAAAAUACAACUGAGAAAUCUCUGGAGUGGAGAGUGGUGGCCAACGAGGACAAGAUUCGACAUUUCAACACUCAACUCAAAGACCUGUCGGUAUCCGGAGACUCGCUGUAUGACAAGGUUUUGGAUCUGAGCCAUGAUGUCCGUAAGAUCAAAGCUCUGACCGGAGAUCACGGCGAACACUUUAACCGCAUCGUGACAGAAGUGGAGAUGUUGGGCCAUGACUGUGAACUGUGCAGGAAGCUGGAAGAUGAGCUGCAGAAGAUGAAGAAUCAAUCCCAGGAUGCACUGGGGCAGGUGCAGAGCCAAAUCAGCAGAAUACAGGUUAGCCUGAAGUCAGAGGGCAAUGGCUGCUUCGGGAUCUGCUCACGCCUGCAGGACGAAGUCCAUCUGCUGAGAAAAGACGUUAGGACCUGCACCAGCUACUGUAAGACUAGUCCAGACACAACCGCAGGUGGUGGCUCUGGUGGUAACAGAGGCGAUGGGUCAAGGUUGGAUGCUGAGAAGCCUCUUGAUGGCCACAGUGUGAUUGAAGGCUCCAUCAACAAUAACCAGCUAAAGACUCUGCAGGGAGAACUUUCUGAAGUCAUCCUCACGUUCAGCUCUAUCAAUGAUACUCUAAAAGGACUUGAACACACGGUGCAGAAACAUGGCAGUGUCAUCACAGACCUCGGAAACACCAAGGAUAAGAUCAUAUCUGAGCUCGACAAAAUUCAGGAGGAUGUGACGGAGCACAUUGAAGACAGCCGUGACCGUCUGGAUAGGAUUGACCGAGAUGUUCGUCGGUUGGAGAGCACAGUUCUGGUGGAGAUGGGAGAUUGUAAGAGGUCUGGUGAGGGUCUGGAGAAGCGUCUGUCAAAGCUGGAGGGAGUCUGUGGGAGGCUGGAUGGAGUCUCCACCUCAAUCCAGAACAUCAAGGAAGGACUGAACCAACAUGUGUCAAGUUUAUGGACUUGUGUUUCUGGCUUGAACGAGUCAGUUAUCCUUCAAGGGGGGAUUCUGGACUUUGUUCAGAAGAACCAGGAUGAUGUCCACAGCAGAAUGAAGAACCUGAACUCGAGUCUGAACCACAUCCUUAAAGACCUGCAGCGUAUCUCUGAACACGACCUGAAUGGACUGCCAGGCCCCCCAGGAGAGAAAGGCUUCAAUGGACUGCCAGGCCCCCAGGGGCCACCAGGACCUCCUGGCGCUCAGGGCCUUCCUGGUCCAAAAGGUGAAACGGGUCAUCCUGGUUCUGAUCCUCAUGUUUCCAGACUGUCCUUCUCUGCUGCCCUCACUGUUCCCAUGGACCGAGCAGGAACCAUUGUGUUUGACAAAAUCUUUGUCAACGAGGGAGAUUUCUACAACCCGAGAACAGGUAUCUUCACUGCUCCUCUAGAUGGACGUUACUACUUCAGUGCUGUCCUGACGGGUCACAAGAAUGAAAAAAUUGAGGCAGUGCUGUCCAAGUCUAAUUAUGGCAUGGCCCGGGUGGACUCCGGAGGCUACCAGCCUGAAGGCCUGGAGAACAACCCUGUGGCCGAGGCUAAAGUCACGCCAGGCUCUCUGGCAGUUUUCAGCAUCAUUCUGCCUCUGCAGGUGCGCGACACGGUGUGCAUUGACCUGGUGAUGGGUAAACUGGCCCACUCCGUGGAACCCCUCACCAUCUUCAAUGGCAUGCUGCUGUAUGAAGACAUGUGAUCGUUCAUAGUGACAUCUGAGAGGAGCCAAGGCAACCUGAACAAUGCAGUUUAAUGACCUUUUCACAUCUAUAAGGCUGAACUAAGCUUUGUGUUUUAUGUCAUGCAUUUUACCUGGUCAGUUGGUUUCAUAGUAAAAUUAUGAAGGCGCACUAAAGACUUUUUUACAUGUUUACAUCUUGUUAUCAUCACCUCCCUAUGCCUUCGCUGGUUGGUUUGGAGCAUCUGAUGUUAACACUGAAUCAACGGAGGCAGUUGAAUGAACAGACUUAUCGACGCCUGGAAAGUAUAAUUUUUCUGUGACUGUUGAAAAUUUAAGAACCAGUAUUUUGCCUUAUUCCAGUUUGAUUGCUUGCUGGAAAAUGUAUGUAAUUGGUCAAAAAGUUCAAAUUAUCGAAAAAUCACUGUCACUAAAGCAGUAUUGCUAAGCCUGAUUCAAUUCAUGGCUCAGUUUAAUUCCAACCAAUACCUCUUUGAUAAUGACCAAAUUACAGGUGCUUAAACAAACUAAAAGGAUUAAAUGAUUACACCAAACAAAUUUUUAAAGAUCCAAAGGUUAAUGAUAAACCACAAUUGACAACCCCUCAAGUAUAAAACCACUUUCUCGUUGAAGAGUGAUCUGGACUUAUUCCUCUGGUUUACGCUGCAGGAAGGGAUUUACUAUCAAACUGAUUUCCCCAAGUAAACUCACCUUAUGUGUUCACAGGAUCUGACCUGAGAGCAGCUCUGUGUAAACAAGGAUCAGCUGAGGAGUGGUAAACCUGUUUCCUACUGCUGCUUCAAACUUUUGAACAGCCAGGAUGACUGAGAACAGCCUUUAGAAACACCAAGUCUUUAUAGUGAGGUAUGAGUGUUGACAAACCAAAGUGCUGUUAGGGUCCUUACAGACUGUUGAGUUAAUCAUAGCUGCAAUGUGAAUAAACACCCUUAUUUUAUAUACUGAUUGUAUAUAUAAAGUGAUUGUCUUUAACCUCUCAAAGUGGAGGUGAAAGUGUGAUCUUUGUCUUGAUGGUGGCGCUACAGUGUAUCCCUUAAAAUAUCGAUAUGUGUGGAUUCAUUGGUCUUGCAUAGAAGGUCAGUGCCCCUGGGCAAAUGAACUUCAACUUUUAAUGCACUGUUAUUUUUAUUUAAUGACCUUUGGCAGAUUUCAUAGCUUCAGAGUUUGUAUCCAGCUGAUUAAUUCUGUUUUAACCAAUAUAUUUUAGUAGCUGUUCCUGCAAAUGUCCUGAAGGCCUGAAAUAUCAUGGGCCAACAUGUUGCAGACCUUCUUUGUUGAACAAUUGGAACAGGAGAAAGAAUCACUUCUGUCCACUGAUUUUUCAGUGGAAAAAUGUAAAUUGAAGCACAAGGUCUUUGAUAUGUUUGUAAAACUGAGUUUGCUUUGUAGGUUUCAUUUAUGUUCAUUUAGAGAUACUCAGUUUCUGGGAACAGCCUGACAUGUCCUAAUGGGUCAGUGAAGGCCUGAUCUCAUGCAGCCGAACACGUUAUUGAUCACCAGACUGCUAUUACGAUGUUUGUUAUCACUGAUGUCAUGAUAUCUGAUUGUGGACAAAAAUCUCAUCACUUCCCUUAAGCCCUGCUUCAAACAAAUCAGUGUGACUUUAAAUAUAAUGAAAAAUUAAGACUUUCUCAAAGCAGAAAGUUUUUUCUGAUGGAUUUUAUGACUGAGCUGAGUUCACAUUGUUUAUAUUUUUAUGUUGACUGUCACAUUUUCUUGUGUUUUUUUUAUGUUCUACCAAGUAUUUAAGCCACUAACACGAAAUCUCACAUUUAUGGACACGUUAAAAGACAAGGCUAUAAAUAUGUUGUAGUUUCUUACUGUUUGUCAAAUCAAUCCUAUUAAAACAUGACUUCAUUGCACUUAAGUGAAGGGAAUAACCACACUGUAAAAAUACAUUAUAACAAUGAAAAGUCUUGCAGUUGAAAUGUUAUUUAAAUACAAAUGUAGUUAACUAUUAUAUAAUUAUUUUUUUUAAUUUUUUUUUAUAGUUUUAUAAUUUACACAUUUUUAAAUGUGAUUUAAAAACAAAAAGACAUCUUAUCAUUGGGAUAAUGUUUAUUAUGAAUACAUAUACAACACACCGUCAAAUGUUGAGGAUCGUUAAUGAAACUGACAAACAGGUCAACUCCCUGAGAACUAAACAUGAAUAAAAUAUUUCAAUGUU